CAAGGACUGAUUUUGUUUUCUUUUGAACACACACCUUCUCUGUUUUUCUCUUCCGUUGUUGCUCGGAGGGGGAAAGAGAGAGAGAGAGAGACGGUCAACAUGGUGGAUGAUUUCAUGGUCUGUGUUGAUAGGAUUAUUGCUUCGACUUGCUUUGAUUCUGUAAAUGAAGGUUAUGAGAGGACGGCGAGGGGUGAUGGCGUGGAGAAUGUUUCUGUAAAUAAUGGAGUUUUUGUGAAGAAUAAUGGAGAGGGUUGUUCGAAGAAAGAAGAGAAGAAGGGGGAGAUGAUUGAGUGCAGGAUUUGUCAGGAGGAAGACGAAGAGCACGAAAUGGAAGCUCCUUGCGGUUGUAGUGGCACUCUUAAGUUUGCUCAUAGGAAGUGCAUUCAGAAAUGGUGCAACAAGAAAGGUGAUAUUACCUGCGAAAUCUGCAAUCAGGUUUUUUCGCCUAAUUACUCUCUUCCACCUACCAGAACCAAUCCUGAUGGCAUGGCAAUUGAUAUCAGUUCAAUUAGACAAGCAUGGGGUCAACAGUAUGAUCUCCACGAGCCACAUUUUCUAGCUCUAACUGCUGCAGAGCAUCAGUUACUCCGUUCACAAUAUGAUGAAUAUGCUGCUGCAAACAAUGGAGCUGUUGCCUUCUUCCGUUCCAUUGCUCUCAUUUUGAUGCUAAUAUUGCUUAUUCGAAAUACUCUGAUGAUCACAAGGGACUCUGGGAUUUUGCAGGAAACGUCAACUUUCUUCAAUGUUUCUGUUCUUCAGUUGGCUGGCUUACUGCUGCCAUGCUAUGUCAUGGUCCGCUCAUGCUACAUUAUACAUAGCAGAAGGAGGAGACAGGAAUAAUAAGCCAUCGCUGAUUAACCUUACUGUCCCAGAACAAAGGAGAGCUUGUUUCAACUCGUUACAGCCAAAGCUAUUCUGUAUAUUGUAUUUGCCCAAGUUGUAUUUAAAUCAAGAGUGCCAAGAAUUGGCCAAAAAACUUGUGCUUGAAAGCCAAGUAGCUUUUGCUUAAGCUACUCAAAAUUUCAAAAGAAAACAAGAGGAAGUAACGAGGAAAAAUUUUAAAUCUACAAAUGGGAUUCUCUA